AUGCCCGAUGAUCAUGAGCUGGAUCUUCAAGGUUUUCUGGGGGUGCUGGCUGACAGCCCCUCUUCCAAUCCUUCUCCUUCUUCCAGCCCUUCCAAACGCGCAUCCUUGCUGAGCCGCGUUUCGGAGCACGCUGGACGCCACUUCACCGCGCUCUCCUCCUUGGUGUCUCCGGGGACCUCGGAGGAGCAGCUGAGAGCCAAGUUUGAUGAGAUCGACGUGGACGGCAACGGAAGUUUGUCCCGGCAAGAGGUUGAGGCAGCCUUCCUCCAACUCGGGAGGUCACGUGCCGAAGUCGAGCAUGAGCUGAAUCGAUGGCCUCUAGAAGACGGCGUGGACUUCCGAACGUUCCGGCUCAUGGUGAAGCGUCCAGGCAGCAGCACUUGGUUGGAUCUGCCCGGCAUUGGCCUUAAGGAUGGGGAUCUGCGGGAUGCUUUCGACGUGAUCGACACGGACAAAAGUGGGCAGCUGAUGGGACGAGAGGAGAUUGCUGAUGCACUGCGUGAGCUGGGGAAGAGCCAGAAGCAGAUUUCUCGUUUGGUUAACGACCUGCCGGAGGACCAGUUCUUGGACUUCGAGGGAUUCCGGCAAUUGGCAAAAGGGAGGUCCCUUGCCAGCCGCUUCUCUUGGGCCUCGCGCGACAAGUCGGGUCCCGAGAGGAUGACGGAGGAGCAGCUGUGGGCCAUGUUCAGCAGCAUCGAUGCCGAUGGAAAUGGCAAGCUGUCCACAGCGGAGAUCGAAGAGGCCCUCAUUGAGCUUGGCAGAUCCCAAGCGGAAGUCGAGCUGGAGCUUCGACGAUGGCCUUGCGAAGAUGGAGUGGAUUUUGAAACCUUUAAGCUAAUGACCAAGCCGCCCAAAGUGUCGUGGCUGCGCGAGCUCCCGGGCCUUCGUGCCUUCACCGAUACCGUCUCGGAGUUCUUUGGCAGCUUCAGCGACGACGAGCUCCGGGAGGCUUUCGAGAAAAUCGAUGUGGACAACAGCGGAAAGCUGGAGAAAUCAGAGCUUGCGAAGGCUCUCCAGGAAAUGGGCAAGAGCCCCUCCAGAAUCGACGGCUUGCUCGAACGGAUGCCCAGCGGCCAAGAACUUGACUUCGAAGAUUUCCGAGAGCUUGUGAAGCCGGCCAAGCCGUCACUGCUCUUCGGUGAGAGGACGCCCAAAGCUCGGCGGAGCGAGACUGCCAAGAAAACGGUUAGAUGCUGGAGCUUGGGGUCUAGGGUUUAG